AUGGGCGAGUUUGGGGAGAAGUCGACGACAUGUGGCACCGUCUGCCUCAAGUACCUGCUCUUCACCUUCAACUGCUGCUUCUGGCUGGCUGGUCUGGCCGUCAUGGCCGUGGGCAUCUGGACGCUGGCCCUCAAGAGCGACUACAUCAGCCUGCUGGCCUCGGGCACCUAUCUGGCCACAGCCUACAUCCUGGUGGUGGCGGGCAUUGUCGUCAUGGUGACUGGGGCUCUGGGCUGCUGUGCCACCUUUAAGGAGCGGAGGAACCUGCUACGUCUGUACUUCAUCCUGCUCCUGAUCAUCUUUCUGCUGGAGAUCAUUGCAGGGGUCCUGGCCUACGUCUACUACCAGCAGCUGAACGCAGAGCUCAAGGAGAACCUCAAGGACACCAUGACCAAGCGGUACCACCAGCCGGGCCAUGAGGGCGUGACCAGCGCUGUGGACAAGCUGCAGCAGGAGUUUCACUGCUGUGGCAGCAACAACUCGCAGGACUGGCAGGACAGCGAGUGGAUCCGCUCAGCCGAGGCAGACAGACGAGUGGUCCCCGACAGCUGCUGCAAAACCGUGGUGCCUGGCUGUGGGCGGCGGGACCACGCCUCCAACAUUUACAAAGUGGAGGGUGGCUGCAUCACCAAGCUAGAGACCUUCAUCCAGGAGCACCUGAGGAUCAUCGGGGCUGUGGGCCUGGGCAUCGCCUGUGUGCAGGUGUUUGGCAUGCUCUUCACCUGCUGCCUGUACAAGAGCCUGAAGCUGGAGCACUACUGA